AUGAUAUUACUUCAUGCCAUAUAUACUCUUUGGGUAAUUAUACUACUUCCGCUACUCAAUGCAGAGAAAUUUGUCCCAAAAGUAACGGAGGCUCCUAUAGAAACAUCAUUUAAUCUAGUGAGUUUUGAUGAUUCCAACACUUCUAUCAGAUUAGAUGGUUGGGGGGUUGUAUGGAUAAGUUUCGACGCUGGAGAAAAUUGGGAAACGGUCAAAGAAAUUGAAGAGCGCAUUUUCAGAUUUACUGUUGAUCCUUUCCAUGGACAGGAAAGAGGUUUCGCUUUUAUAUGUGAAUCACCCAAAUUCUACAUUACCGACGACCGUGGGGAGUCAUGGAGGGCUUUAACUAUACCCUCAUCAGAAGAAUAUUUAGAUGGCGACUGUUUUAUAACUACUCAUCCUAGAAACAAAGAACUUCUUAUUGCGAAUUGCUAUAGCUAUAUGAUAGACGCAGACGUUUUAUAUGACCCAAGUGAAAUUUACUUGAGCAAUGAUGGGAAUCCUUUUUUAAAAUUAAACCUUCCUUGGAAAAGAAAAAAGACGACGAUAUAA